CUCGAGACAGACUGUCGCUUCGAGACCAUUCCGGCGAAAACAACAACAAUGUAUCGGAACGCCAUCAACGAUCCGCACCAGUGUCGGCUGUGCCUUCGGGUGUGCGAGGACGCCUUCCUGGAGAGCAUCUUCAGCGAGAGCGAGUACAGCAUCGCGCACCAGAUCUUCGAGUGCACCUCGAUCCGGGUGACCCGCCAGGACAACCUGACCAAGAUCUGCAGCAACUGCGCGGCGCUGCUGUUCGUGACCACCGAGUUCCGGAACGCGUGCUUCAAGACGAACCGCCUGCUGGCGGAGGACUUUGUCAUCCUGGAGGUGGGCGAGUGGACGGAGCCGGCAAGCCGGGCCGCGCUCGCCGAGUGCUCCCAGCUGAUUGUGAAGCACCGGCAGCAGGUGGACUAUCUGUACGCGAGCGUCGUCCCGGACUCGGAGGCGUACCUGGCUGGAUCGCUGGCGAUCGAGCGGGAGCUGUUCAACUCGGCGACGGAAAAGGAGCAGAAGCUGGUGAACGACGGGGACGGUCGAGCUGAAGCGAGGCUUGUCAGCGCAGAGCUGGAAGCGGAAGAACCCGAUCCGGAGAUCAUUCAGGAAAUCACCAAGUUCUUGGAGGAGCAGCAAACCAUCGACGGUGGGAACCUCUGCGAGAUCUGCAGGUUGGACGAUGCGAAGCCAGGGGAAGUCGAGAAGAACAAACGUCAACAACGCGUCUGUGGAAUGUGCCAGCAGAUGAUCUGUCUUGUAAGUGCUUGGCAGAGCUUGGCACGACGAAGCGGUAGGAGACGCCCGGCGACGAACGCUUCAACCAGACUGCAAACGAUACAGGAAGCGCUGAGGCACGUUUCGAAGCUUCUGGAUGGACUGCAGGCUCUCCUUCGGAAGAGCGACACUGUAAAACCAGCAAUCAAGCAGAAAACUUCAAGAAAUCGGAAGAAAGUCACCUGCACGCAAUGUGGCAAGCAGGUUGACAGCUGGAAGCUGAAGGCACAUCUGAACGAGCAUGAAGCCAAGAAACCCUUCCGGUGCGAGCAGCCGGGCUGCGACAGUGCGUUCAGCGGAGCCGACCUGUUGAGGCGACACCGCAAGGUGUGGCACACCGACCACUUCUACAAGAGCUGCCCGAGCUGCGGCAAGCGGUGCAAGACGCAGGGCAUCUACAAGACGCACGUGUCGUACCACGAGGAGCCGAAGCUGCCGUGCGAGGUGUGCGGGAAGCUGAUGCGGAACCAACGCGCCAUGUGGAAGCACCGCAAGUCGCACGAGAGUCCCGAGCAGCGGAAGCAUGUGUGCGAGGUGUGCGGCAAGCGGUUUGCGGUGGCGUACACGCUGCGGGUUCACCGCCGGACGCACACCAACGAGAAACCGUAUCCGUGUGGGAGCUGCGAGAAGCGGUUCCAGUACAAGUGCUUGCUCAAGAAUCACGUCGAGAGGCAUCACAAGGGGGAGGUUGAGGGAGCGAAGAGGGCGGAAUAAAGAGACGAUGGAUCCGAUUUUCCUUUC